GUGUAAACACCUCUACGAUUCUUCAACUUAUUUCCAUAUUUUCUUCACUCACAUCUACCUUCCUUGUAUAUUCCUUUGUUGCAAGUUACAACAACCCAACGCCAUCAUUCAUUCUUUCAGGAAACUCCUUAAAUAAAGUUCCCUUCUUUUUUGUUCCAUUUCUAUCAUCACUUCUUCUCAUCUUUCAUUGGCAGGUUCAGCCAUGAAUUCUCUUGCUGCCACCAGCCGUAACUUCCGCAACGCUGCGCGUAUUCUCGGCUUGGAUUCUAAGGUCGAACGGAGUCUUUUGAUCCCUUUUAGAGAGAUCAAGGUGGAGUGUACCCUUCCGAAAGAUGAUGGAAGUCUCGUCACGUACGUUGGAUUUAGAGUUCAACAUGAUAAUGCACGUGGGCCCAUGAAAGGAGGAAUCAGAUAUCAUCCUGAGGUUGAUCCUGAUGAAGUAAAUGCUUUGGCUCAACUAAUGACCUGGAAGACAGCUGUGGCAGACAUACCAUACGGAGGAGCGAAGGGUGGAAUAGGAUGUAACCCAAAAGAGUUAAGCAUUAGUGAGCUGGAACGUCUAACUCGUGUCUUCACUCAGAAGAUCCAUGAUCUCAUCGGAACCCAUGUUGACAUACCAGCACCGGAUAUGGGCACCAAUGCCCAGACUAUGGCAUGGAUUUUGGAUGAGUACUCGAAAUUUCAUGGUCAUUCUCCUGCUGUUGUCACAGGAAAGCCCAUUGAUCUCGGUGGAUCAUUGGGUAGAGAAGCUGCAACUGGGCGUGGUGUUGUUUUUGCAACAGAAGCUUUACUUGCUGAACAUGGGAAUUCAAUAAGGGAUAUGACGUUUGUAAUUCAGGGAUUUGGUAAUGUGGGUUCUUGGGCGUCUAGACUCAUUCAUGAGAGAGGUGGUAAGAUCAUCGCAGUAAGUGACAUAACUGGUGCAGUUAAGAACGCAAGUGGAAUUGAUAUUCCUGAAUUGCUCAGGCAUAAAGAAAGAACUGGUAGUUUGAAGGAUUUUCAUGGGGGAGAUCCCAUGGAUCCUAGUGAGCUUCUUGUGCAUGAAUGUGAUGUUCUCAUACCUUGUGCUUUAGGUGGAGUUCUGAACAGGGAAAAUGCUGCAGAUGUGAAGACCAAGUUCAUAAUAGAGGCAGCAAACCAUCCUACUGAUCCUGAAGCAGACGAGAUACUAUCCAAGAGAGGAGUUGUGAUACUUCCUGACAUCUAUGCAAAUUCUGGGGGUGUAACAGUUAGCUAUUUCGAGUGGGUUCAGAAUAUUCAAGGUUUUAUGUGGGAGGAAGAUAAGGUGAACAAUGAGCUUAGGAGGUAUAUGAUUAAAGCUUUUUAUAACAUCAAGAGCAUGUGUCAGACACACAAUUGCAAUCUCCGAAUGGGUGCCUUCACACUUGGGGUGAAUCGAGUAGCACGUGCCACCCUAUUGAGGGGUUGGGAGGCAUAAAUGGUUUUCUUCAAUUUUUCCGUUGAUUUUUUUUCUCUUUUUCUUUUGAUAUAUCUCCAGCACGGCAGCAUAAAAGCAGCUUGGAAGCAAUUCUUUCCUGCCACCAAGUAUUUUUUGUUUCCAGAAGUUCUGAACUUUUAGACAGAUUUAAGUGUAUUCUUUGGUGGGGGAUUGAAUUUUUAUAUAAAAUCUGUGAUUCUUAGCCGCAGUGUCUUUGAAAAAGAUAGUACAGUCUUGCAAUUGACUUCAUUUUCUUUUUGUUGGAAGGAUAUUGGAAUUGAAGUCAUAUAUUGAAGCUAACUAUUUUGCCCGUUGAAAUCAUCAGCACUACUUGCCAGCAGAAUAUUGGAAAUGAUUAUUCACCGAAUUGACGAAAUCCUGCUCUGUUUCUGGUCUUGAUCCGUUUUAAUGUGCUGUGCUGUGGCUAUAAUGUUCUUAAGUGAUUUCAUCCAAAAUGAUUUUGGACCAGAUGAUUGCCUUGGUGACUGAACUUUCAAAGAAGAAACAGAAAGCAGCUUGAGCUUUCCAUAACUUUGCUGACAAAAAAAGGGAGAGAAGAUAAUUUUAUUUAUUGGAAGUAUGGGCGUUCUAUCACGAAUAACCAAAAGGAAGAAAAAAGAUGUAAACGAAAAAAAAAAUAAAGAAUUCAACAAAGAGCCUGCAGCUCAAAUCAUGUGGCUAAGAAACAGCAGCCUCAAAUAAGACCUGACCCGCUCUGUUUGAACAAAGCAGGUGUCAAAUGUAGCUACUUUAAAUUUAGGGGACCAAAAAAGUUUAGACAUUGCUGAGCAACAAGGGAAGUCUCUUUAUAGAUGGGUAAAUGGAAUGAGGUUGGAGAUGAAUUGAAGCAUGGAUCAGAGACAGAUUCUUCUGUUGCAAAAUUCAUGGAGGAAUGGCACAUGGGACCUUAACAUGCUUGUUAAGGAGGGCAAGAUGGAUUGGGAUAGACUGAUUGUUGCAGGUGAGUGCCUUAUCAUCCAACAACAUUACAAUCAUUCAAUUUUACAGAAGUUUGUUUUUGCUUGAGCGAAUGUCACUGUAUUUCUUCAGAGUAGAUGCUGAACUUGUCUCUUUCUUCAUAAAGCUAUUAGUUCCUGAGUCAAGCAAAAGUUGUUCAAUAGUAAUAAUCUCAAUUGCUAAGUAUUUAUAUCUGCGGAUCUCUGGUAGAACCAAAAAAGGGGAAGGAUAAUCAGCAACAAACCAAGAACUCCAUCAUACCUUGGUGGGUAAGGGAUGAUAUCUCUUAAAGUUGCAACUUCAGAAUUUUAUUAAUAGAAUUGAUGUGGCAGGUGGAGCUGCACUGGUGGGAUUCUUCAUGGCAUACAUUACAAACAGGGAAUUUGGUUUGCAAGAAUCUAAAAGACGUGGCAGAUGAAGCAACAGUGUAUGACAAGCAAUGGCAGGCGUAUAAAUUCCAAAACCGGAAAACAAAAUAUUGUAGUUGCCAUAAAAUUCACAUUCGUGUGAUUGUGAUCUGUUACCAAUGUUCAUAUUUAUUGCAUGAAUAUUCAACAA